UCCCCUGCCCACCCAGCUGCUCAGCUAGCACCAACGCUUAUCCGAAGAGGCUCGCCGCUGUCCAGCAAUUCAGGCUCAGUCAGCCGCCAAUUCAAGCGCUCGAGUUUGAUCCGCCCCAAAGUCGUGUUUUCGCGGAUGCCGGAGGGCAACGAAAUCCAACAGCAUGAGCUCCCGCAUGUGCCAAGCAAUGAUGGGGAUGAUGAGAUCAUGCCUGUGGUCUUGAACAGCCAGAAGGAAGACAAGCUUCAAGCGUCGGGCGAAAAACGAACCAUGGCAUCCUUUUGCAAGCUCUUCUCCAUGAUGGAUGCCGUGGAUGCGUUGGUCCUGCUGAUCGGCGUCAUAGGUGCCGUGGGGAAUGGCAUUUCGCAGCCCUUGAUGUGCAUCGUCUUCGGCGAUCUGAUCGAUGGCAUGGGGAUGUCCACCCCUGGUGACUUCAGCGGCUUAACGGCGGAGCAGACCGCCGCACUGAUGGACCAAGCAAUGAGUGGA